UCAACACUUCACUCCCACUUCACUUACAGAGCUCCACAACAAUGGACCCGUACUUAGAAUCCAAUGUUCUUCUUAGGAUGAUGCAAGAAAUGGAAGAUGAAGAAGAAGAAUUGGAGAUGGCGACGUACCUGCACCUUAGGAGGCGUUGUGCACGCAACGAGCGUCGUCAUGGUGGUUCUAUUCCUGGGUGUGUUCGGAUUCAUCGUGACUACAUGAGCGGCGAUGCAAGAAUCCGAGCGGACUACUUCGGCGCCGAACCCAUGUACACGGAUGCUCAAUUCCGGAGGAGGUUUCGCAUGCGUCGCCAUGUGUUUGAGCGCCUCGAUGUUGUGCAACAAGUCCAUCCUUACUUUAUUUAGCGCCCAAACUAUGCCGGUGAGAUAGGUCUAUCUGCUCUGCAGAAAGUUGUUGUUGUUGUUCAUAUCCUUGCUUAUGGUAUUCCUGCCAAUGCCGUUGACGAAUACGUACGCAUUGGUGAA